AUGAAGUUCGCACUUUCUGCUGCUGUGGUCACCGCCGUUUUCGGUCAGGCAUCCGCUCACACUUGGGUCGAGGAGAUGCAGGUUAUUGACUCGACCACUGGCAACUACACUGGCGACUAUGGCUUCACUCGCGGCUACGUUGAUCGUACCACUCCCGGCUUUGACGAGCAAUCGAUUGUCUACCUCUUGCCAGCCCUUAGCACAGGCCGCACCCGCAUCGAUGGAACUAAUCUUCUCUGUCACCCGAGUCAGCGCACAUCCAACUACGACAACACUCACCCCCGUCUCCAAGCUGCUCCUGGAUCCUACGUUGCCAUGAAGUACCUUGAGAACGGCCACGUCACUCUGCCUCAAAAUCAACCUGGCAAGCCCAAGAUGGGUGGUACUGUCUUUGUCUACGCCACAACCAAGCCGUCGGAUACUGAAAAGAUUGUUGAUGUCCUCAAGUGGAACACUGCUGGCACUGGUGGUGAUUCCCGUGGCUCUCAAAUCGCUGCUCAGAACUACGAUGAUGGUCGCUGUCAUCAGAUCAAUCCUGGUGCCAUCUCCACUCAACGUCAACAGCAGUUCCCCGACCAUGUUCUCGGCCAACCUACCUCCAACGUUGAGCAGUGGUGCGAGACCGACGUCCACAUUCCUACUACCUACAAGGCUGGUGACACCGUUACCGUCUACUGGGUCUGGCAAUGGCCUACUGAUGCUGGCGUUGGCGUCUACCCCAAUGGCAAGGAUGAAUACUACACUUCGUGCGCCGAGAUUCAGAUUGUC